CGGGAAACCCUCGUUGUGGUUACGUCACGUCCACUUUCUAUCAAUAUGAACAACUCACACACGAGUUUGCAUCUGCUCUCAAUCUGGGAUUAAAACAAACGGGGCACUUAGAUUUCCAGACUUGAAGACAACUUUCCUAGCAUUUCAUCUUUUGAAGACAUGGCGAACAGACGCCUCCUGUUGGCUGUUCUGCUACAAUUACUUGGUGGGUGCCAGGCUGCUCCGCGCCUUUCCAACGGGUUCCUCUACCAUGACAUCUUCAACAACGGCAACGGAGAAAUUUACUUCAAUGGAGUGCAGCUUCACGUGGAGUCUGAAAAGAUGUUCGUGUUCACGUCUCACGGGGGAAACGUUACCCUGCCCUGCCGCUACUGGUACGAGCCGGCGCUCAGCGCCCCCCGCAGGACACGCGUGAAGUGGUCCUGGCAGCCUGCUAAUGGCAGUCACGAGUCGGACGUCCUGGUUGCCAUCGGUAACCGCGUGCGCACCUUUGAUGGGUUCAGAGAUCGCGUCCAUCUGCGUCAGGAGGGCGCGGGAGACGUGUCGCUCGUGAUAUCGGGGCUGCAUCUCAACGACACGGGCCGCUAUCGGUGCGAAGUCAUCGAUGGGCUUGAGGAUGCGAGCGUGACCACUGAGCUCGAGCUGCGAGGUGUAGUGUUUCCCUACCAGGGUCAUCAUGGCCGCUACCAACUCACCUUCUCCACGGCACAGCAGGCAUGCGAGGAGCAGGGUGCUGUCAUGGCGACAUUUGAUCAACUCUACACGGCCUGGGAGGAGGGGCUGGACUGGUGCAACGCUGGCUGGCUGGCCGACGGGACAGUGCAGUACCCCAUCACCUUACCCAGAGUGGCUUGUGGGGGACUGGGUUUGGCGCCAGGGUUGCGCAACUAUGGGGCGCGAUACAAACACAUUCACCGCUAUGACGUUUUCUGCUUCUCCUCGUCUCUCAAAGGGAAGGUUUAUUUCCUGGAGCACCCUCACAUGCUCAACUUCACUGAGGCCAUCCAGGCAUGUCUGGACGACGGGGCCCACAUAGCCAAGGUGGGACAGCUUUACGCUGCCUGGAAGUUCACCGGACUGGACCGCUGUGAUGCCGGAUGGUUGGCCGACGGGAGUCUGCGGUACCCAAUCACCAACCCUCGUCUGAAUUGUGGUCCCAUGGAGCCAGGGGUGCGCAGUUUUGGGUUUCCCGCACCCCGCCACAAGCAUGGCGUGUACUGCUACAGAGCGGAGUAAAGAUCCAGGGGAGGGCUUCAGCAAAGAUGACUAGGAAGUGUUGUUAAAGGUGCAAUAUGUAAUUCCAAUUUUUUUUUUUAAACAACUGUGUGAUUCUGAAGGCACGAUCUCAGUAUUCUUAUAGAUUCUGGUUCUCUUUUUCAGGCCUUUUAUUGCAUUUGUUUACAUUUCUCUGGCACUGACCAAUGUAACUAGCCGCAUUUCCACCACCUGGCCGGUGCGUGCCAGGACUAACGGGCUAAUAGUCAGGGCUCUCAAGCUGAGAAAGCAAAAGCUAUUCGCGUUUCUACCAUCAGGCUAACAGCCCCACGGUAUUGCCCUAACCCCCCAAAUUAUGCCGUCUUGUUGAAACCACCAAGGAAGAAAGGGACUUUAAUUUGAGGUAGGCUACUUUUCCGAAAAGUUAGAAACCGCUAGAGUUAUAGGUUGUCAUGGUGCCAGCAAGCAAAUGGAUGUUGCAUAAUGUUAACUAACAUCAGACUCCUCUAUUGUUUAAAACUGUCCAUCACAGGUAGUCUGAAGACAUAGCUGUAAUAUAAGACAGCAAACAACAUAGGCAUAAACUGUUACUAUGGAGAGGAUUUCGCCCUGAAAUGCAAGCACCACUUUGGGAUGAGAGGAAUAACAAUCGCCACAGCAUGUUUUACUGUGUGCAGCACACAGAAACUGUGCCAUGUGGAAAUGCAAUGCACAAAAGGCAUUGCUUUUCACUGUGUGAUGUGAAGAGAAUGUGACACAGUGAAAAGUUUAAUUUCAUUGAUUUACAUCUCAUUCAACUACCAUCCAGGAAAAAAAAAAAUAGGCUCUGAUUUUGCAUGCUGACCAGCUCCAGCGAGUCUCCUUUUCUAAAUAUUAAGUAAUUUUUUUAUAAGUGUAAAACUAGUUAUUCUUUUGUUUUUUGUUAGUGUAAAACUAGUUAUUUUGUUGAUUUUGCCACUGACCCUCUCUUACCUGACUUCAUUAACCUGCCUCUCACCUUGACCUUUGACCUCGACACGCCUCAAGCACCAGUUGGCCCGAGUAAGCCCUGGAAGCCCAGAGAAAGCACAGUCAAGCCCCAGAAGUGACAAUGGAAAUACAACUGGCCUUGGCACGCACUAGCUCGCCCGCAUUUUGCCCAGUAGUGGAAACGCAACUAACGAAUGCUUACAAACACCUGAAACGAAGAAACAGUAUGUAGAGAAUACACAGAAGAAUUUUGGAAAACAACAUUCCCCACUCUUGCAUCCUUAUGGUUAGUUUAUAAACAUUAAAAAAAUGUUAUGACAAAAAGCUACAUAUUGCACCUUUAAAGGAGAAGGCUCUUUUGGUCUUUUCUGUAAGGAUUGUGUGGUAAUACUGAAUGCAGAGUACCUGCAUAUCAGCAUCGCCAUUGCAGAGGUCUGUGUAGAAGGGUUCUGUGGUCAAGAAUGCUGAUUUCUGCACCUCGUAAAGCAGUAUGUGAAUCUCUACUACACUUUUAGUGCCGGGGACCUGACAGGGCUUAUCCACAGGGAUAAUUGAAAAGCUGUGUAUUUUAUUAUAAGUACAGUUAUAUGUCCACUGUCUUAUAGUUUAAGUACUAAGUAAUCAACACUAAAAAUUAUCAUCAGUUAGGCAUCCGCAAUUGGUUCUGACCAGAUUAGUCAUGUCAGCUCAUUAAUUGCACUGUGUACAUUUAAAACUCAUUACAAUCAAAGCUGUGGUAACAUUAUAUAACAUUAUAGAGUGCCUAGGAUAACUAUGCUACCAUAUAGUAUAUGAUACGUCUUUCAGUUUUCGUAGAUAUAUUGUACUGUUGUGAAAAGCUUACAAACAUUUGAUCAAAUGUUACCUGUAACUCAUUGCACAAAGGAGUUAUAAGCAAUGCUCUGAUUCCUGUCCUCAUUUACUGCCGAGUGAAUAGUUUAAAGGGCACAUACAGAGGGAACAAGGAGCAAGGGCAGAAUUAUAUUUGUUUCUUAAAGAUUCUUAAUUCUAAAUUCUAAAAUCUCGUUCUGACAGCGCCUUUACUUUGACAAAAAGCUCUUCUCCAUUUGAAGCUCAGAGACCCACUGUACAUACAACAACACAUUUUUUUUUUUUUUCAUGGACAAGGUGCAGGGAGACUUGGUUCUAAAUGCAUUGUAGGUUAUACGUUUUACAUUAAAUGGUUCUCCCUGGAAGCCUCUUUUUAAAUACACACUGCUCUGAUUGAUGCUACACAUGGGGACUAUAGGUCAGACUAUGGGCUGAAUGGCUACUUGUUUAUGGAGAACAUCUCCAUUAGAGCUUCAUGCUUCAGAACAAAACAAAGAUGUACAACUAGAAAUGGCAUGUGUGAAAAUAGCAUGCUGUAUUAUUGAAUGAUCCUCAUCACAGAAAUAUUUACAUAAAUAGCAGAUCGAUGGUGUACAGGUGACCAAAUGAAUCAGAUCUGGUUUUGAUUACGGUUUGUUUGAUGUCAGAAAAUAUUGUAUUUUAUUUGAUUUAUUUUAUUGUAUUGUAUUUGAUAGUUCUUUUGACCAUAUCCUUUGUACUGUAUCACGAUAUUGUACCUCAUUAUUUCUGAUUCUUUACGGUUUGAUAACAGGUGGUGGUAAUUUUAUGUAAAAUAAAUGUCUAUUUUUAAAGCUG